CACAGUGAACGCGUGUGCAAAGCAAUAAUUACAAAAAUUUAACAAAGAGGUAAAUCGACGACAACUGAAUACCUAAAAGCGGCAAUACAACAACAACAACAGCUAGGGGCAACAUCGAAGCAGCGGCACGCAGAAUAAAGAAACAAGGAAACAUUUGCACAGCAACCAGCCGACGACAGCAAGAGCAGCAGCAGCAGCAACCGACAAGAAAAACCACUUCAACAAAAGAGGAUAACAUAUUGAAAGAGCUCUACUCACACAAACCCUCUCACACACACAGACUGACGACAACGGAGCUGCCAACUUGCACGUAUGUACGUGGGAAAGUAAACCGACAUCUUUUUACGACGUCGUCGAGUUUUGCAAUCGGGCGAGAGAGCCACCGAGAGCUGAAGCUUAGUUCGACAAACACGCAGCAGGGCCAGGGCUAGCCCUUUGAUAACACACACACACAUACGCACGCAUGUACGCCCACUGUGAAGCGUAGUCAAAGGCGAUCGAACGAACGAGCGUACCUAGCUGGACAUUGCAAGAGCGCAAGACAAGUGACAGAGAGCGAGAGAGAGAGAGACUCUGGUAGAGCUGUAGCUGUUCGGCAUUUUAGUGUUCGGUGUUCGGUGUUGCUUAACAACCGUUACUACAAACUCGAACUCGGACGCACAACGAAUUUGGAAAUCUCGGCAGCGGCGAGUCGACGAGCAGCGCGCAUUCGUGAAAGUGCGUCGUUGUAGUUGUCGUUGUGCGUGUGCGUGUGCGUGAGCGUGAUCAACUUGGAGCCGCGCACUCAGUCGACUGCAUUUACGAAAUACUAGAGUUGCCACAUCGUUUGCGCACAUGAAAGUACAUAGAGCAUAAAUCCAUAACAACGACGUGAACAUCAACAGCAACAGCAACAGCAGAGAACACCCCAGGGCAAGGGACAGCAAAAUAGCAGCGAUUCAAUCCAGACUUCAAAUGAAAACACUAGUGCUCAGUCCAGACGAUCUGCAGAACUUUAACAAGUUCAUUUACGAUCCGAAAUCAGCAGCUCAGUUGGCCGCCAGUGCGGGCGCCAUUGCAGCAGCCGCCCAUGGACAUCCAGGAGGCGUGCAGCUAGUGGCAGGCGGCACAGCGGUGCCCGUCACCACGAUGAGCACUGUGGGGGGCGGCGGCACAGGCGCCGGCGCGGGCGCAGUGAACAAUACCAACAAGCUAAUGGCAUUGCAGUACUAUCUGAAUCAUCAGGGCAACUAUGUGGGCACAGCGCAGGCGGCAGGCAACAACAACGCAGCCGCAGCUCAUGCGCAGCAGCAACAGCUGCUCGCGCAGUCGCAGACACAGCUGAAGCAGCUGCAGCUCAAACAGCCAACCAUACACCAGCACCAGCAGCACAUCAGCUAUCAUCAUCACCAUCCCUACUACCAGCAGCACCAACAGCAGCCGCAGCAGCAACAGCAACAGUCGCAGCUGAGCCACAGCCAUCACGGCCAGCACAAGGCGCAGGUGCAGGUGCAACAGCAGCAGCAACAGCAGGUGCAGCAAAGUCAACAGAAUCAUUUGCCUGUGCAUGCGCUCAAUCAGAACUCAAAUUUCUCGGCGGCCAGCUCCAGCACAGGAGGCACCGCCUCCAGCCAUGCGCCCACACAGCAAUCGAACGGCUCCAGCGUCUCACCCACAAUCAUCAGCCAUCAGCCACGCGGCGCAGUUGCGAUUGCCGGUGGCAGCAACAGCAAUAUCGCUGCCGCGGCAAAUGCGCUGCUGCGUGCCACAGCCGCGGCCAGUGUGCCUGGCUCCUCAUCAGUGUCAGCAUCUGCAUCGUCGUCCGGCUCAUCGUCGUCAUCCUCUUCAACGUCGUCGUCCGCCUCGUCAACAUCCGCCUCCGGCUCCGCCAACUGUGCCAAGAAACUGAAAACAGAGCCGCUCCUCUCGCAAUACAAUCAAACGGAGCGACUCAACUUUGCCAACACGUACAUCGUGUGGAGCGAGGAGCAUUGGCGCCGUGUGAUCUUCCAUGAUGAGCGACGCUUCAAUUUGGAUGGCCCCGAUGGUUUCUCCUACUACUUUCACGAUCUGCGCAACUAUGAGCGCACGCUGUCGCAGCGGCCGCGUGGCAACUCCGUCUACAUCUACCUGAUGAUCUGCGUCGGUGGCCCCAUCCAUCUGGAGGUCUCGUCCGCCAAGCAGCGGCCCGAAUCCUGCAUCGAGGCCAUCUUACGGGAGCGCCCCAACAUUGUCAGCAAACUGGGCGGCAACACAGAGUUUGUGCUGCAAGACCACAAUUGGAUGUCGCAUGCUCUGCCCACCGCCCAGGAGCUGCUCAACGGUGAGGGAUUGAAGACGCAAAAGUGGCCCACAAUUGCCCACGAUCUGAACAUCAUGGAGAACAUUUGGGGCUGGCUGAUACGCGAGGUGUUUGAUGGCGGCCGAAAGUUCUCGCGCAAGGACGACCUCAUCUUCCGCAUUAAGGAGGCGUGGUCGCGCCUGCCGCACGACCUGAUCACCAACCUGUACAGCACGCUGCCGGAGCGGAUCACCGAGCUGUAUUACACUCAAGGCGUCUACACGAAUUGUUGACAACCGACGCUGCAACACGCGAAUGCGAAUGAAUGCGAAGACGACAGUGAAGAUGAUGCUAAGCGUAAACAGGAACAAGAGCAGGAAGGGGAUCGGAAAUGGAAAUGGAAACGGGAGCGGGCAGAGUAUGGAAAUGAAUGGCAGAAGCUUCCUCGCAUGGCAACGGCCUCUGUUGCUGUUGCCGUUGCCGUUGCUUUUUCUGUUGCUCCUCGCACGCAUUAUGUUCUAGGAGGGCCUCCAACACGUUGGCGAUUGCAAAUCUUUUCGUACAUUUAACUUGACAUUUUUUGUGUAUAGCUUUAAGAUGUAUGUGGGCGCGUGUGUGUAUGUAUGCAUGUGUGUGUGUGUGUGUGUGUGUGUCAGGAAGUGUGCGUGUGUGACGGGAGCAACUGAGUCUGCAUCCUCAUCCGAAUCUGAAUGCGAAUCGAUGUCCGUAUCUGUAUCUGUAUCUGUGCGUCUGUGUCUGGUAUCUGCCACUGCCUGCAUUCAACACGGUUUGGUUAUGUAUUAAACGGAAGAAGAAAUGGAACAAAACUCAAGCGAAUUGCUCGCGCCCAACGUGUGGCAACACUGGCUGCUUGCAGGACCCCUCACACAGCCGAUGUAGCCAGAUCGCUUUGUAAUUAGUGUUUGUUUUGUUUUGAUUUUAUUCUGCAGCGAAUCCCCGAUCUUAACUUUAAGGCCUACUAUUAGUUGUCGUUUUAUAUAGAAAACUCCCUCUUACCCGGUACCCUCCUCCACUCCCCCACCCAAGCGUAUAGAUAUAUAUAUAAAUAUUAGUUACAAAAAGAAACAAAAAUAAUAAUAAUCAUUAUUUUAUUUGCACCUAACUCAUUUUGUUGAUUGUUUUUUAGUUAUGCAAACGAAGUAGGCGAACAAAAUUAAUGCAAAGCGCGAGAAAUAAAACUUGUAACUAAAGUAUUAUUUUAAGGCAUAGUUUUCUGUUUAUAGCAAAUUACAAA